CCCACUCAUAGUGGCAUUGUGCUGCUCAGCUUAUCGUGGGCCAGCCUUCCCUCGUGCCCGGGAAUGAGCAAGUACAAUCACGUAAUAAAUCCAAUCAAAUGAUUGGUGUGAUUUAGAUCAAGGGGCCCGGUUGAAGUGAUUGGAGUUUCGGUGACAUGCCAACGAUAUUUACUUAUGUAAGCGUCGCAAAGACUGGAACAUGGUUCCAUGGUUUGCCGACCCCUAUGACAUAGAUCUGAUCGGCCAACGAGGUCUAGCUGUUCAGUCAUGACCUUCGCUGUAUUGUGGCGGAGUUGUUCGUCAUAUUGUCAUAUUUAUCAUCAUCAUCAUCAUCAUCCACGAGCUCCUCCGACUGGCUACGAGUCUUGAGUAUACUUAUAUGAACCAUCCCCUCUCUCUCCAAGCAGCUUGCCCGCCCUUCGCCUCGCUUGCCUGUCAUGGUUCGCAUCAUAAAGGGCGCCCUGGAAGACCUCUUUGGUGGUACUUUCGUCGGGAAUGUCUGCUCUACAUUCCUCUUUGGGAUACUCACAGUACAGGUCGUCCUUUACUACAUCCGUUUCCCUCAGGAUGGGAAAUGGAUUCGGCGAAUAGUUGGAUUUCUCUGGGUUGCCAUUGUCUUUCAAACAGUCUGUAUGACUAAAAUGAUUUGGUGGUGGCACAUCCAAAAUUAUUUCAACCCCCAAGCACUGGCAAAGCCGAAAUGGGAAUUUUCCUCGUAUCAUCUUGCUACAACGAUAGAAUCCGUUGUCGUCCAGUCUUUCUUUGUGUAUCGUAUUUGGGGUCUUUCUUCAAAUAUUUAUGUCAUCGCGCCCCUGCAAGCGCUUGUUAUCACGCAAUUUGCUUUUGCUACAACACUUUUAAUUGAGGCGGACAUAGCAUUAUCUUUCGACGAAGUCGCUCAUAAGUGGAAUUGGUUAGUUAGGGUUUGGUUAGCGAUCCAGGCAACAUGUGACGCUUUAAUAGCAAUGUUGAUGACGUUCCUACUCUGGCACCGGAAGACUGGUUUCAAAAGAACAGACAGGGCCAUCGAUACGAUGGUAUACUGGUCCGUGGCCACGGGAAGCGCGACCUGUUUUCAAUCUAUUAUAUUGAUGGGUAUCUUUUCCCACUUUGGCUUCACAUUUAGCGCCCUCGUAUUUGGAAUUACCCUUAGUUCCAUGUAUCCCAUAUCAAUGCUUACAAGCUUACACAUGCGCUCAAAAGUACGAAAGCAGCUAUCUGCACCAAGUACUAGUGAACCCCUUAAGGCAUUGCGAACGAAGGUUGUGAUUUCCCGUGAACGAGGAGAGUUCAUAGCACUGGCGCCAUACCAACCUAGUAACCUCGUGGUGAACAUCCAUCGUUCUCAGCAUAAAGACAGUCCGAGAAGUAACAUCGAUCAACUUGGUCGUGACCAGGUCUGCUUGUCAGAUGCCGAGGCCUCGACGCUACGCAAUUCCAAUUACUCUGAUGUCGAAUUUGGCUCCGCCAAAUAAUGUCAUCGGUCUCCCGCGCCACCACGAUUCUUGAAUGUUAGUCUGUGUCCACCAAAGGGCACCAAUAGGGCUCUCCAAGUUAGCCACUCCAGCGUUCCCUUCCAGUGUGCGGCGGAUUUUUUUGGGUAUGAUUGUAUAUGUAUAUAUAUUUUUAGAUUCGAGAAUAUUUGGACCCAACUUGGGCAAAUGAG